AUGGCGGGGCCGGGCGGCUCGGGCGGCCCGAUCGGGGCCGGGGCGCUGGCCGGCGGCGCGCGGUCCAAGGUGGCCCCGAGCGUGGACUUUGAUCACAGCUGCUCGGACAGCGUCGAGUACCUGACGCUCAACUUCGGGCCCUUUGAGACCGUGCAUCGUUGGCGACGCCUCCCGCCCUGCGACGAGUUCGUGGGGGCCCGGCGCAGCAAGCACACGGUGGUAGCCUAUAAAGAUGCCAUCUAUGUGUUUGGUGGAGACAACGGGAAGACGAUGCUCAACGACCUCCUGCGCUUCGAUGUGAAGGACUGCUCCUGGUGCAGGGCCUUCACCACCGGGACCCCCCCGGCCCCCCGCUACCACCACUCGGCCGUGGUCUACGGGAGCAGCAUGUUCGUCUUCGGGGGCUACACUGGGGACAUUUACUCCAACUCCAACCUGAAGAACAAAAACGACCUCUUUGAAUACAAGUUUGCAACUGGCCAGUGGACGGAGUGGAAAAUUGAAGGACGGCUGCCAGUCGCCCGGUCGGCCCACGGCGCCACGGUGUACAGUGACAAGCUGUGGAUCUUCGCGGGCUACGAUGGCAACGCCAGGUUGAACGACAUGUGGACCAUCGGCCUCCAGGAUCGGGAGCUCACAUGCUGGGAGGAGGUGGCCCAGAGCGGCGAGAUCCCGCCCUCCUGCUGCAACUUUCCCGCGGCCGUGUGCCGGGACAGGAUGUUCGUCUUCUCGGGCCAGAGUGGGGCCAAGAUAACCAACAACCUCUUCCAGUUCGAGUUCAAGGACCAGACGUGGACACGCAUCCCCACCGAGCACCUGCUCCGGGGCUCCCCGCCGCCCCCACAGCGGCGCUACGGGCACACCAUGGUGGCCUUUGACCGCCACCUCUAUGUGUUCGGGGGCGCGGCUGACAACACCCUCCCCAACGAGCUGCACUGCUAUGAUGUGGACUUUCAGACCUGGGAGGUCAUCCAGCCCAGCUCGGAUAACGAGGUUGGUGGGGCCGAGAUGCCAGAGCGAGCCUCCACUUCCGAGGAGGUGCCUGCCCCCGGCUUGGAGGAGCGGGCCGGCUGCAAGAAGUCCCGGGAUGUGUUCGGCCUGGACUUUGGCAGCACCACCUCCAGGCAGCCCUCCCUGCCUGCCUCAGAGCUGCCCAGCGGAAGGCUCUUCCACGCGGCCGCCGUCAUCUCGGACGCCAUGUACAUCUUCGGGGGCACAGUGGACAACAACAUCCGAAGCGGGGAGAUGUACAGGUUCCAGUUCUCCUGUUACCCCAAGUGCACGCUGCACGAGGACUACGGGCGGCUGUGGGAGAGCCGCCAGUUCUGCGACGUGGAGUUCGUGCUGGGCGAGAAGGAGGAGCGCGUGCAGGGCCACGUGGCCAUCGUCACGGCUCGCAGCCGCUGGCUCCGCAGGAAGAUUGCGCAGGCGCGGAAGCUGGAGGAGGAGGCGGCCCCGGCGCCCAGGGAGGGCCCCCUGGCCGCUGUGGGAGCGGCCCGGCCAGCCCUGUUGCGGGUGGCCAUCCGUGAAGCGGAGGCGCGGCCGUUCGAGGUGCUCAUGCAGUUCCUCUACACCGACAAGAUUCAGUACCCGCGGAAAGGUCACGUUGAGGACGUGCUGCUCAUCAUGGACGUGUACAAGCUGGCGCUGGGCUUCCAGCUCUGCCGCCUGGAGCAGCUGUGUCGCCAGUACAUCGAGGCUUCGGUGGACCUGCAGAACGUGCUGGUCGUGUGCGAGAGCGCCGCCCGGCUGCAGCUGGGCCAGCUGAAGGAGCACUGCCUGAACUUCGUGGUGAAGGAGUCGCACUUCAACCAGGUGAUCAUGAUGAAGGAAUUCGAGCGGCUCUCCUCCCCUCUGAUCGUGGAGAUUGUGCGGCGGAAGCAGCAGCCGCCGCCCCGCGCCCCCUCCGACCAGCCGGUGGACAUCGGCACGUCUCUGAUCCAGGACAUGAAGGCAUACUUGGAGGGCGCGGGCUCGGAGUUCUGCGACAUCACCCUCCUGCUGGACGGGCACCCACGGCCAGCCCACAAGGCCAUCCUGGCCGCCCGCUCCAGCUACUUCGAGGCCAUGUUCCGGUCCUUCAUGCCUGAGGACGGCCAGGUGAACAUCUCCAUCGGGGAGAUGGUGCCCAGCAGGCAGGCCUUCGAGUCCAUGCUGCGCUACAUCUACUAUGGCGAGGUCAACAUGCCACCUGAGGACUCACUCUACUUGUUCUCGGCGCCCUACUACUAUGGCUUCUACAACAACCGGCUGCAGGCGUACUGCAAGCAGAACCUGGAGAUGAACGUGACGGUGCAGAACGUGCUACAGAUCCUGGAGGCGGCGGACAAGACACAGGCUCUGGACAUGAAGCGGCACUGCCUGCACAUCAUCGUGCACCAGUUCACCAAGGUCUCGAAGCUGCCCACGCUGCGCGCGCUGAGCCAGCAGCUGCUGCUGGACAUCAUCGACUCGCUGGCCUCCCACAUCUCGGACAAGCAGUGUGCGGAGCUGGGGGCCGACAUAUGA